GUAGGCGAAGGAGGAGGCGAAUAGUGAGAGAGGAAGGGGCAAGAAGAGGAGGAGGAGGACGAGUGGGAGAAGAGGAGACGGCAGGAGGAGGAGUGGGAGAAGAGGGGGAGGAGGAGAGGAGGAGGACGAGGAGAGGAGUGGGAGAAGAGGGAGGAGGGGGGGGGAUGGCGAGUGCUGCUCCCGCUCCGGGUCCCGGCCCGUUCGGCGUCACGGCCAAGUCGCUGCUGGGCGAGAAGGUCGCCUCCGGCACCGCGGACCUCGUCUCGCUCUCGCGGCAGAUCCUCAAGGGGUCCCGCAGCGCAGAGCUCCUGGGUCAGGCAGCACGCAACAUGGCCGCCCAAGAGGAUGCCCUCCUGAGAUCUGAAGAUAACAUGAAAAAGAUGCAGAUAAUAACGUCGCAUCUCCAAUACCAGCAGGAGUCCAUACAGAAAAACGUUGAGAUCUCCCCAAACGUCCUCGAUCAACUCAACCACCUGCUCAAGUAGCGGCCGCCCCCCCUCCACCCAGACCACCGAACUAUUCACCCUUCAGCGAUUCCACGAAUUGCCGGAUUGGGGGCUGACAGGUUCCAUUCUAAGAAUUUAUUAAUUUCGUUUGGCUUCUCGAGUCCGUGUGUCUCGUGACCGUCGGUGUCAUCCAUACCCUCUCUCUUGCACGGUCUCUCUCGUCCGCGCAGAAUGUUUGUAUUGUUGGUUUCGUUCUAGCGACCUAAGAGAGGCGUUAAAAUUAUAGUUUCCUUAAUUGUUUAUAAAUAGAGGCGUCGCCUCGCUGAGACAAACCGCUCAAUGGCCUGGGAGAGAGUUCGACUGGCAUUGAAGACGCACGAGAACACCAAGGCGUCAUCGCCACGCAUCCGUGUCAACUUGUACGUGCAAAGCGUACGUGUAAAACUGUACAUGUAUAUGCAAAGUCAAAACAGGUGCGUGUACAGUACAACUAUGCUGUACACUGUAAAAAAAACAAGCAAUUGUACAUUUGGCGGUGCUCACGAUCGUUCCACGCGAGGUCGGCUCUCACUCGCAUCCCAAGUCUCAUUGUACAGAAAAACGCGACGCAACUAACGGAGUGGAAUCUCUGGUGGUCGUGUGCGGAAACCUGCGCGGGCUCGUGCGGCACGAGUGUCGAACUUCAUUUGUGACUUUGAACCCCGAGUCGCGAGGAGCGCUGUAGGGAUGAGUGUUGCGCUUGUUUACCCUCGUGACGUUUUUUGAGGAGGGUCCUGCCAAGUCUUUGCAGGAAGGGGGAAUACAUUGCCACGUACAUUCCCAUCGAGAAAUUUGCGGUUUAAUUAUUCAAACGUGGUGAAUGUGAUCCGUGACGUCGGCACACAAUGGCCUGCUCUUGGGAAUGACGCCAUGGGAUCUUUGACGUGCACUGUUGAGCGGACGAAGUCGUUUUGGCUGCGUGACCGUUGGAACAAAAAUGUAGCUGCUCGGCUCAAUGGGCCUCACAAAAAAUAAACGGAAUCUACAGA